UUAUUACACUAACAUUCAAGAAUGACAUCCCAUUGCCAGCCUCACACAUCUUCACCAGCCAGGCCCUUUUCUCCACGAAAAAGGAUCCCGAAAGUCCCAAAGGGGGAGAAGAUUCAUUGCUACCUGCUGUGUUUGAGAUGGAACAAGAUUUUUUUGAAACAGAGAAGAAAAGGAAGCGAGAUGUACCCAUAGACUCUAUUUUGCAGUGGAGCCAAUGGCAACUCCUAGAUUCUAUUCUUCCUACAGGUGGGUUUGCUCAUUCCUUUGGUCUCGAGGCAGCAAUUCAGUCACGUUUAGUCUCCAGCCCUGAUGAUCUCAAAACGUUCAUCAUUCAUUUGUUGGAGAACACCGGUAGUUUGUUCCUCCCAUUCGUUUACUCCACAACUACAAACCCUAGUUUAGAGAACUGGCAGGAGCUUGACAGGAUCCUCGAUGCGACUUUAACCAAUGAAGUGGGUCGAAAAGCAUCGGUUUCGCAAGGAUCUUCUCUCAUGCGAGUGGCCGUCUCUGUUUUUACUGAAGUCCCUUCACUUAAAUCCAUGAGGGAUGUUUCCAUUGCUUCUCCCGGGGUUGUUUCUUUCCACCAUGCUCCGAUCUUUGGGCUCAUCUGUGGACUUCUAGGGAUGGAUAGUGGAACCAGUCAAAGAGCUUACAUGUUUAUGAAUAUGAGAGAUGUCAUUUCAGCUGCGACGAGGUUGAAUUUGGUUGGACCUAUGCUGCAGCAUCGGAUUGCUCCUCUUGCUGAAGAUCUGUUCAAGAAAUGGAUGGACCGUCCGGUAGAGGAUGCUUGCCAAACCGCUCCUCUGCUUGAUACUAUCCAGGGAUGCCAUAGCUACUUGUUUUCCAGGUUGUUCUGUUCUUAACAUUGUACCUUUGGGUGUAAAAUUCUGAGUUUCUGUGAAAUAAAAGUGAC